UCAACAAGCUUCAGGACAUCUUUGCUCAGCUUGGAAGCCAAUCCACGAUCGAGCUCCCUCAGGUGGCCGUCGUUGGCAGCCAAAGCAGCGGCAAAUCGAGCGUCCUCGAAGCUCUCGUGGGCCGCGAUUUUCUUCCCAGGGGUCCCGAAAUCUGUACUCGGCGGCCGCUCGUGCUUCAGUUGUUGCAGACCAAGCGGAAGCCUGAUGGCACUGACGAGGAGUACGGGGAGUUCUUGCACUUGCCCGGGAAGAGGUUCUUCGAUUUCAAUGAAAUUCGGUGGGAGAUUCAGGCUGAGACCGAGAGGGAAGCAGGAGAAAACAAAGGUGUUUCUGACAAACAGAUUCGUUUGAAGAUUUUUUCACCAAAUGUUCUUGAUAUCACACUGGUGGAUUUGCCUGGUAUUACAAAGGUUCCUGUUGGUGACCAACCUUCUGACAUUGAAGCACGAAUUAGAACAAUGAUAAUGUCAUAUAUUAAACUCCCAAGCUGUUUAAUAUUAGCUGUAACGCCAGCAAAUUCUGAUUUGGCAAAUUCAGAUGCUCUCCAGAUAGCUGGAAAUGCCGAUCCUGAUGGUUAUCGAACGAUUGGUGUAAUCACAAAGUUGGAUAUAAUGGACAGAGGUACAGAUGCCCGCAAUUUUUUGCUAGGAAAAGUAAUUCCUCUUCGGCUUGGUUAUGUAGGCGUAGUGAAUCGUAGUCAGGAGGACAUUAUGCUCAACCGGAGUAUUAAGGAUGCACUUGUGGCUGAGGAGAAGUUUUUUCGCAGUCGUCCUGUGUAUAGUGAUCUUGCGGAUCGCUGUGGUGUCCCCCAGUUGGCAAAGAAGUUGAACCAGAUUCUGGUACAACACAUCAAGACAGUACUUCCAGGGUUGAAGUCACGAAUAAGUACUGCACUGGUUUCUGUUGCAAAGGAGCAUGCUAGCUAUGGAGAAAUUACUGAAUCAAAGGCUGGUCAGGGAGCUCUUCUUCUGAACAUUCUAUCUAAAUACUCUGAAGCAUUUUCUUCAAUGAUAGAGGGAAAAAGUGAAGAAAUGGCAACAUCUGAGCUGUCUGGUGGUGCAAGGAUCCAUUACAUUUUCCAGUCAAUAUUUGUGAAAAGUUUGGAGGAGGUGGAUCCAUGUGAGGACUUAACUGAUGAUGACAUCCGAACUGCCAUUCAGAAUGCAACUGGUCCUAAAUCUGCGUUGUUUGUACCGGAGGUUCCAUUUGAAGUUCUUAUCCGAAGGCAAAUAGCUCGUCUGUUAGACCCAAGCCUUCAAUGUGCUAGGUUUAUCUAUGAUGAAUUAAUGAAGAUGAGUCAUUGCUGUAUGGUCAAUGAACUACAGCGGUUUCCUGUUCUAAGAAAGCGCAUGGAUGAGGUUUUAGGACACUUUUUGCGAGGAGGACUUGAACCUUCAGAGACAAUGAUUGGACACAUUAUUGAAAUGGAGAUGGACUACAUAAACACUUCCCACCCACGUUUUAUUGGUGGGAGUACAGCUGUGGAGAAGGCAUUGGAACAUACCAAGUCCAGUAGGAUUACUUCAUCCAUUCCUAGGUCAAGGGAUGCAGUAGAUUCGGAAAAGACAUCAACAUCGGAAAGAAAUCUUAAAUCUCGUGCUAUUCUGGCCAGACCAGUAAAUGGAAUUGUCCCUGAGCAGGGAGUUCGGCCUGUUGCAGAUGUUGAGAGAACCACAUCAUCUGGGGCUAUACCUGUUUCAAAUUGGGGGAUUUCAUCAAUUUUUGGUGGUUCUGAAAAUCGCACGUCUGUCAAGGAGAACUCAACAAACAAGUCAUUCAGGGAACCUGUUCAGAGUAUGGAGCAUGCCGUCUCUAUGAUCCAUUUGAGAGAGCCCCCAUCCAUCUUGAGGCCCUCAGAGAUCCGUUCUGAGCAGGAGGCUAUUGAAAUAGAAGUCACAAAAUUGCUGUUGAGAUCAUACUAUGACAUUGUUCGAAAGAAUGUUGAGGAUUCUAUUCCUAAAGCAAUUAUGCACUUCCUGGUAAACCACACAAAAAGAGAGCUGCACAAUGUCUUCAUUAAAAAGCUUUACAGAGACAACCUGUUUGAGGAGAUGUUGCAGGAACCUGAUGAGGUGUCAAUGAAGAGAAAGCGUACACGAGAGAUGCUCCGUGUUCUUCAGCAGGCUUUCCGGACAUUGGAUGAAUUACCACUAGAAGCCGAGACAGUUGAGAGGGGUUACAGCGUGAGUACCGAUCCAACUGGCUUGCCAAAAAUCCACGGGCUUCCAUCCAUGUAUUCAACAAGCAGCGGUUCAACUGAAUCAUACACAGCUUCACCUAAAAACCCGAAGUCCCGCAAGUCAUCUCACUCUGGGGAGCUACACUCUUCUUUAUAUGCUAAUGCAGAUUUCAAUGGAGGUGGACACAAUUCCAUUUUCGGCCAUUAUGAAUAGGAACCAAGUUUGUCAAGGCAUCGUGUUUGUUUCAGCGUUCCUGUUCGUAAUCUUGCAAGAUACCAGGAAACUCAGUCUGGAUCUGCCUCGAGUAGGAAUUUUUUUUCCCCUAAGAGUGGGGGUGCCAGUCAGAUGUUAACGAUUACCUUGACUGGCAUAUAUUUUACUUAUGUUCGUUUUAAAUGUAGUUGGUUAUAAAUAUGCAUUAUUUUAGAAAGCUCUGAAGGGAAUAACAGGAGCAGGUGAUACUCUCCUAUAUAUGAUAAAAUCACACAAUUUUAUUGCUUAAUAGUAGUUGCUUGGAGCGUUAAACUCUUGAGAUUCAUAGAUUAGGGAGUGAUUUUUGAUUUUUUUGUAUUCCGACUCUAUGAUUAGCUGGUCAAUGAUAGUGUAUGGUAGUAUGCACUUGUCUUUGGAAGCUCUGUAAUUGAACGAGGUGAUAAUAGUGUUUCAUGAUUCUUUCUACCA